AUGGUUUGGGGAAUUUUAUCCAAGCAAGGUUUAAUCACAGGAGUUGUAUUUUUCUUAUAUAAAGCCGGAGAGUCUAUGCUGGACGCAACAAUUAGACCGUACAUCAUCCAUGCUAUUUGCAGAGACAAUUUUCCAGAAAAUACAUCCAUCUGUGUAGAUACAUCUUCACAAUCUAAACUUCAACAAGAAAACAUACAAGAAAGAGCUUCAACCUAUUUGAUUUACUAUCGAAUACUUGUGAACGUUCCUGCUAUAGUUCUUGGUCUGGUUUGGGGAGCAUGGAGUGAUAAGCACAGCCGGAAGUUACCAAUGAUGGUACCCAGCCUUGGUAGUGUGUUUGCUGUUCUCUUAUAUGUGGCAAGUUUAAGACAAAACGAAUGGACGAUUGCACUUAUUCUGUGUGGUUCAGCUGUUCAAGGCAUCUUUGGAAAAAGUUCAGUGAUAACUAUGGCAGUGAAUAGUCAUCUCUCAGAUAUAACGGAACGGAAACACCGAACUGGAGCAUUGAGUCGUCUUUUAGCUAUGAACUAUUUUGGAUUGUUUGCGGGUUCCCUUUUAUCAGGCACAAUCCAAGAGUACACUGAUAUCAAAACCACAUUAACCGUUGUGUGUUUCUUGCAUGCAUUUUCUGUUCUGAUAACUGUUUGUUGCAUUCAGGAAUCGGAACAAGAAGAACCAGACUCUGGUAAAUCAGGCUUGUGUACACCGACUGGGUUUAGAGACUCAAUUACCGUUCACCUGAAAUCUAGCAAACUGAACACUACGAAAAUUUUCAUAAUCUUGGUGAUCAUGACAACUUUGAAUCAAACAUGUAAAGUUGGAGAUCAGGAUGUCACGGUAUUAUUUGUUAGAAAGUACCCACUGUCAUGGCCGACACCGUGGUACGGAUACUUAUUAUCUGUCGAGUACACCAUGAUGGGAGUCACAUUGAUGGUGUUGACACCACUAUUAACUUCUUAUUUCAAUCUAGCAGAUAGUACCAUCAUCAUUCUGGGGACCUGCUGUAAAUUGAUAAGAACGUUAUGGGCAGGAUUUUGUUAUGAAACAUGGAUGGUGUUUACUUCAGUGGUGAUAGGAGCGAUUGGUGGUAUGUUGGUGUCUGCAGUGCGAUCUCUCAUGAGUAAACAUGUCGAUGAUUCAGAUGUUGGUAAAGCAUUUGCAGUCCUUGCUUGUGCGGAGACCGCUUCUAAAGUUUUAGGAUCUGUUAUUUUUAAUUAUACUUAUGGAGCUACAGUGUCUAUCUAUCCAGGAUUUGCGUAUCUGAUGGAAAUGGUUCUCUAUCUAAUUGUGCUGAUUUUAGCAAUCUGGCUUCAUAAAGACGUCAUGGUAUCUAGUGCUUACAAUCUAUUGAAAGGUAACGUCGAUGAAAGACCAACUGAGGCGGAAACAAUACUUUUUGAUUGA